UUGAUCAACCCAAACCUUCUACGGUCCAGCAAAUGAGACACAUGCAGUACGGUGCUAUUUUCCAGUGUUAAAAGAACAAUCGGACAAUUACUCGCAGGUACGAAAACUCGGUGGCGGGGACAAUUAGCAAUUUUUGUCCGAACUUAAAGUGGUGGUCGCGUUGUCAUCCAAGUGCAGAUAAAUGUCCAAAAUGUUGAGGCUGCAAUUAGUGGGUCUCGUGCUGCUGGCGUGUACACAAAUACUCACGGAGCACAGGGACUUGUACGGUCCACGUGCUCGAUUCGGCUACAAGGAGUACCGCAAUCGGGAAGAGAGAAUUUACAAAUACGUGGAAGUGAUGUACGGAAAGCUGAGAGGUCUCGUUGUUCGCCCUAACGUCGUCCCCGACUUGCAGCUGGUGGACGUCUUUCUCGGAGUACCAUAUGCGGAGCCUCCUGUUGGGUCCUUCCGGUUCGCGCCCCCAAGAUCGCCUCAAUCCUGGUCUGACGUCCGAAGAGCGGACAGAUUUCCACCCGUUUGCCCGCAAUUGCUGCCGAAAAUGGACAGCAAGGUGAAGCCUGGCCAUUACGAGUACAUCGAGAGACUGUUGCCGCUGUUAAAGAACCAAAGCGAAGACUGCCUCUACCUAAACAUCUACGCUCCCAAUCAGUCGGAUGGUAAGUGCAGCUUUUAUUGUGGACGCGAAUUUGUCCAGCACCAUCACAAGUAG